GCGGAAAAAGUGGUUUAUCAGCGAGUUCAAGCCGCUCAACAAGUCCAUUGGGACAGGGGGCUGUUAGCUUCAUACCUAGGGCACCAGGUUCAUCAUCAGGGUCUAGACCGAAUUCUUCACUUUUAGCACCUGGCAGUAAAAUACCAUCGUCCUUCUCACCACAAUCCCCACAACAAACGCAAAAUGUCUCAAGUCACAAUGGCACACCAACGAAGCAAUCAAUGCUUGAUAAAUUGAAACUAUUCAACAAAGACAAGGCGAGCAAUGAAAAGCAGGCAAGUAAAAGCACUGCUGUUUCAAAGCGAACAAGUUCCUCCAGUGGCUUUUCUUCUGCGAAAAGUGAAAGGUCUGAUUCUAGUCUUAGCUUAAAUGAAUCUCCAAAUACCCCAAACACACAUAUCAAAUCCAAUAUAGUAGGCCCAAAAAAUCUUAGACUCCAGAAUGAUACAUUAAUGAGAGAUAAAUCUGGAAAGAAUGCUAAGUCAAAAUUAUUAGGGUCAAAACCUACUAAAGACCCAGCAACAAAUGUAAGUAAAACUAAUGGUAAAACAAAUAACGAACGUUCAAAGAACAGUCCAAAACUGUCGACACGCGAUAAAGAAUCUAAAUUAGCGACCCCUAAAUCCGUUAGUAAUACUAAAUUAAAUGUAAUAGAAGACAAUUCUAGAUUAUCAAAAUCUAAGCUAGAAUCAAAAAUGGUGAGAUUAUCUGGUAGCCAGGCGAAAUUAAGCGAGUCAAGGGGAGAUACUGCAGAGUCGAAAAUAAGUGAAAAUGGCUUUCACAAUGUAAAAAAUUCACAAAAUCAAGCACAGUCACCAUCACCAACUGGAGGACAAAAUGGACCUUUGCAAAACAAUACUGGAAUACCCAAACCGACAGCUGCGGUUAAAGGAACAACUAAAAUGUCAAAAGAUGAAAGGCAUUUAAUACAGAAGAGUACAAAUAGUCAAUUAAGUCCGAUACAAAGUAAUUCAAGUUUAAAUUCAACAAGUGCACUACCAUUUACGCGUGAACAAUCGAAUAUGGCUAAGGACACCACUCAAAAGCAAACAUUAGCGGUUUCUCCAAUGCCUGUCCUAAGUAAUCACCAACACAAUGUUGAGAAGCAAUCCUCCCAAAUGUCCGAAAGCUCGCAUUCAAAUUCAACUCAUAGUACGACUGGACAGCAAUCAAAUUCAAGUGACGGUAGUGUUAUAUACAGACCAUCGAGUGAAUCUGGAUCUGAAAUAUCGAAAAGCAUAACGUGCAAUAGAAAAAUAGACAUGAAUGCAACAUACAUUAAUGAUGUUAUAAAUGAAGCAGAACAUUCAGAAAAACAAGCAGCGCAGAACAGAAUUUUAAAUAGUCCUGGUAUUAAACAAAUGGUUGAUCAUAACAGAACAUUGACUGAGAGUGAUAGAAAUCAUAGUCGUUCAAGUACUCCGUCGCAUUGCAGAGAUAAUUCUUUGGGUGAAGACGAUAACCCAUUAAUGAAUGUCAUGCCGAUGAGGCCUUUACUCCGGGGAUACAAUAGCCAUCUUACAUUACCCAUGCGAACUUCGGGCCUGUCACAAAAUAACCUCACAACAUAUCCUCAUCACGCGAACACUGUCAAACCUAAUUUUGGCAGGGAAAAUAUUGGAUUUCGGGAGCGCUUAAACUUUAAUCCAGGUUUUUCGAAUCCAGACUAUUGUGAUUUGGAGAUAGCCUCUGGAUAUAUGUCUGAUGGUGAUUGUCUAAGGAGGAUUAAUGUAAACGAAAUGGAUAAUGCGCGGAACAAUGACAUGAUGGAUGGGUAUAUGUCGGAAGGUGGUGCGUCUCUUUACGGACGUCGCAUGAACUACCAACAGCAGUCCCAGUAUCAACAACCAGACGACAGACGUGCAGGAGCGCGUAGAAAUAUGGAAAGUGGGAGUGGGGUGGUGUAUCGAGUGGUAGGACGCACUCGGAGUAAAGCUGAUUGUGGUCAGCAGACUGAGAGGCAGCCGCCUGUCCCCAGACAGGAUACUACUUGGAAGAAGUACACCGACUCUCCGGGAGUUGGUGCUCCGCCAAUGAACCAACCGCCAGCGCCACCGAGUCCUUCACACAGCCGAAAAAGCGAAAGACGCGCGGGUCACCACUCCCCUCAACACAAGCGAGAGAAACUGACGGCUGCACAGCAAUUGGGCAUCGCUCCUCAUCCUCAGUACGCCGCAGCCAAUUCCGCAAAUCAACAUGCAUCAAGGGGAGGAAGCUCUCAGCUGCAAUCGCCAAGUGGAGGAUCGCGGCCGUCUAGUGUUUCGAGUGGAAACGGCAGCAGUUCCUCAAGUAAGACGAAGGGACCCCAAAAUUUCGGUUAUGCUAAGAGACAGAAUGGUGCUCAACCACCCCCAUUGCCCGCCAAUGGACCUCCACAGCAUACUCAUAGUGGAAGAACAGCGCAGGUUACAGCAGUACCACGAACAAAGGUUAAGGUUUCCGGAGGGACGCAAACUUGUACGCAGGAUUUACAAAUCCAUAAAAACGGUAUAGGUCCGAAGUCCUACUCACUGCAGGGCAGCACUGCAGCUCAGCUUUCAGCAUCGGUAAGAGAACGUCUACUCGGCUCCCAAUCACUACCGAAGCCAGGGACGCAUGAAUUUGCUGCUCUUUUCCACCACCAUAGAAUACCAAGAGGCGGUAUGAAGAUCAGCGAUGGUAGUCUCUCUGACACCCAGACUUACUCUGAAGUGAAGUCUGACUACGGAAUACCUUAUGCCCCCUGGCUUAGACACAGCAACACAUAUUCGGCAAGCGGGCGCCUAUCCGAGGGCGAGUCGAUGGAGUCACUGACGUCACUGCACUCUGCGCAGGCGCACAACACUCCAUCCACUAACUCACACCACCGCAGCUCACUCACACACAAUAAGCUCAUCAUGCACCGGGACGCUCAAACGUCCAGGCUUAACAGAAGCAACAGUAUUAGAUCCACCAAAUCUGAGAAGUUGUACCCGUCGAUGCUGCAAAGAUCAUCUGAAAGUGACUAUGAGCCAUACUACUGCUUACCUGUUCAAUAUGGAGCUGGUGGGCAAGGUCUUAACUACGGUGUGUCGGAACCGCCAUCACCUUCACCACGAUCGGCUCUGAGUCCCACACACCAACCGGCAAGUGUCAUACACACCCCGAGACAUUCACACCACUAUCCCAAGAAAAAUGAUGAAGUGCAUGGAUCUACCGCGUCUCUGGUGUCCACGGCGUCUUCUCUGGCUGCGGGUGCAGGUUCAGAAGAGAGACACGCGCAUGAGGUAAAUACGCCUGUCCGAAAGUUACGGCGAGAGCUGGCAGAUGCUAAGGAAAAGGUUCAUACCCUCACGACGCAGCUCACAACUAAUGUAAGUACAAUAUCAAUGCCACAAAUAUAUGUACGACGUCAUAGUGUGAACUGUAAAGGAGAAAAUGACGAGAAAAACUAUUUAACAUUUUCCGCUUUGCGUCUUCGAUAUUUGGUUCUGCAAUACAUCAAAAAUGACAUUAUAAACACUCACGAAAAUGAAAAGUUAUAUUGUGGGUUUUUUGGGUUUUAG